GUCAGAGUGCAUGCAGAAAACUACCACAAAAAGAGGCUGUUAUUUCUUUGGCCCGUAGCUUUGGAUUUUUUAAAAUGAGAGUUACUUUGAUGCAAGUUUGGAUAUCUGUACUAGUUUCCACAGCUGUGGGCUCUAACAUUUGCACUUCUAGAGGACUGAGUACCUGUAAAGAAUGUUUGUCUACCCAUCCUACCUGUGCCUGGUGUUCUCAGGAGACCUUUGGAAAGGGGGUGUCCAGUUUGUCCCGUUGUGAUCUGAGGGCCAAUCUCAUUCAGUCUGGUUGUGGUGUGAAAUUCAUUGAGUUUCCAGUUAGUAGCAUUAAGAUACUAAAGGACCUCGCCUUAAGUGACAGGGCGUGGGGCUCAGCAAGCGACAUCGUUCAGAUGCAACCACAAAAAAUACAUCUGACACUCAGGCGAGGCGAUUCAAAGCAUUUCACCGUCAAUGUAAAGCAAGUAGCCGAUUACCCCGUUGACCUCUACUACCUGAUGGAUAUGACCAGCACCAUGAAAGAUGACCUGCAGAAGCUUUUUGUUCUGGGUAGUGAACUGCCUCGUGCUUUAGGCAGUGUCACCCGUAAUCUACGCAUGGGGUUUGGAGCAUUUGUAGACAAAACUCUCUCGCCUUAUAUGUACAUUUACCCUGAAAAAAUCAUCAUGAACCCUUGCUACAAGAAUCGUGAGACCUGCCCCCCGCAAUUUGGUUAUCACAAUGUGCUGUCUCUGACGGAGCAGGUGGAACGAUUCACAGAGGAAGUGAAUAAACAGAAAGUGUCCAGGAAUAGAGAUGCUCCAGAAGGAGGAUUUGAUGCUAUACUGCAAGCAGUUGUAUGCAAGGAUAAAAUUGGUUGGAGGCCUGAUGCCUCUCAUUUGCUGGUCUUCGCUAGUGAUGAUAGGAGUCAUUUGGCUCUGGACGCCAGACUCGCUGGAAUUGUUCAGCCUCACGAUGGGGAAUGCUAUAUCAACAAAAACAAUGAAUAUGACAUGUCCACUAUACUGGACUAUCCUUCACUUGGUCUAAUCACAGACAAGAUAUCUGAGAAUAAUGUCAACCUCAUCUUCGCUGUUACCAGUAAUAUUGUGUCACUGUAUCGUAAUUACAGUGAGCUGAUUCCUGGUUCUGCAGUGGGAACACUUUCUAGAAAUUCUGAAAAUGUUGUUCAACUUAUUCUGGAUGCUUAUGCAAAGAUCAGGUCUAAGAUUGAGCUGGAGCUGUUGGAUGUUCCGGAUGAGUUAUCGCUGUUCAUCAACGCAACCUGUCUGGAUGGAGAAGUCAUUGCUGGUGUCCGAUCCUGUGCCGGAGUCAAAAUUGGGGAUAAGGUCUCAUUCAGCGUUGAAGCGAAACUUCACGGCUGUCCCAAAGAGAAGAACCGAACCUUCACUGUAAAACCAAUGGGCUUCAAAGAUGCUCUUGAGGUCACUGUUGAAUUUGAGUGCGACUGUACAUGUCAGCAGUCCUCUGAACCCGCGAGCCCCUUCUGUCACCAUGGCAACGGAACCUUAGAGUGUGGCAUGUGUCUGUGCGAUCCAAGCCGACUGGGCUCACGAUGCGAGUGUUCUGAGGGCGAAUAUAAGCCCACCCAGCAAGACAGGUGUAGCCCUAAAGGGGGGACACUGGCCUGUAACGGGCGGGGAGACUGCGUGUGUGGCCAGUGUGUCUGUAGCUUGAGUGAUUUCGGGAAGGUUUGGGGCCCAUACUGUGAAUGUGAUGAUUUUAGCUGUCAUCGUUCCAAAGGACAGUUGUGUUCAGGUAAUGGCGAUUGCAACUGUGGGUCCUGUCAGUGUAACUCAGGGUGGUCAGGUGAGAUCUGUGACUGUUCGACCCGCACCGACACCUGUAUAGGGAUUGGAGGGUUGCUCUGUAGUGGCCGGGGCCAUUGCUCGUGUGGUGUCUGUGAGUGCACCCAACCAGGAGCUUAUGGCUUAACCUGUGAGAAGUGCCCCACCUGCCCAGAUUCCUGUACCAUCAAAAAGGAGUGUGUGGAGUGUGCACACUACAAGAGAGGAGAUCUGUUUGAGAAGAACUGCAAUAACAUGUGCAGAGAUCAGAUUGUGCCGGUGGAUGAGCUGGUCUUUCGUGAGAAGAACUCAGUGAACUGCAGCUACAAAGAUGAGGAUGACUGUGUGCAGAACUUCCAGUAUUAUGAAGAUGCCAGCGGAUCUUUCCUGUAUCUUGUGAGAAAAGCAGAGUGUCCGAAGGGUCCUGAUGUCCUGAAAGGUGUUCUGUCUGUAGUUGGUGCUAUUCUGUUGCUUGGACUGGUUGCUCUCUUGGUGUGGAAGCUCCUGAUCACCUUUCAUGACCGUAAAGAGUUUGCUAAAUUUGAGGAGGAGAAAGCCAAGGCUAAGUGGGCAGCGGCUAAUAAUCCACUCUACAAAGGAGCCACAAGCACCUUCCAAAAUGUGGCAUACGGUGGCAAUAAGGAAUGAUAUCGUGUCUCAAAGUUCAUCUCAGAAUUAUCUUUCAAUCCAUCACAUUAGGAUUUUUCUUAAUGAAAAUGGAUUUAGUGGUUUUAGUGUAUUUAUAGGAUUGAACUGAAGCAUUUUAAAAUAAUAAUUCACUGCUCCAAAGUCUGUCAUUUCUCUAAUUUUUGAGAUGCAAAUUUAGUGCAUCUCAUGACAUUUUACAUAUGCACCUACAGAUAUUCUUCCCUAUUUACCCCUUCCUAUGUCUAUAUUUAAUAACGUUACAAUAAAUUCAGAAAGAACAUGACAAAACAAAAUUAAUUAAACACCCUUAGAAAUUGUGACGGGCAAUCCAAUUCACCAAUGCUGUCACAUAAUCCUGUGUAACACAUGACUUAUUUUUUGAGUUUCAUUUAACUCAUCUGCAACUGUUGCCAUAGUGAUUAUGAAUGUGGUUCACUCUGUGUUAGUCUGUUGUGCUUUAUUUUCACACUGUGAUGAUAAUAAUAUAUCAUACAUGUAAGUUUCAUGGAAUAGAUAUAUGUGUAAAAUUAUUGUUGUCUUUUUUGUGUAUCGCAUGACAUGAAAGCUGUUGUGGAAUUGGUAUGACUGAGUUGCUGUUCUUUUCUUACUAUACAUUCCAGCACUAUUUUUUGUUUGUUUUGCACUGCUGCUACAAUUUGAUGUAAAUGUAUAAUACAUUUUAAACUUGCAUCAUAAAGUUGUUAAGGAUGAUGCUUAAAAGUGCCUUACUGCCCAAUGUUUCACAUCUCCCCACCCUUGCAUUUACAAAGGUGAACCUGUAUUACAUUUCAAAAAUAUGCUAACAAGAUAUGAGGAAAAACAGGAAGAGCAUUGGUAUAAGAAUAGGGUGUAAAAUGUUAAUUAAGUACUAGACAAAAGGUGAGACUAUAAUGAACAAAUUCAUCUGAAUGUUUGGGAAUACAGUAAAGGAAGAAAACUAAGGGGUUCUGUAGGGAUUCUGGCUAUAAGUGACCUUGAUGUAACUUUGCAUGCAAAAGUAACAAACACUCUUUAUCUGUGCUCAAAUCCGGCUGAAACAGAGAGGCGGUGAGAAAAACAUUUUAAAAAUAAUACAAAUUCCAUCUUGAGAAGCUCAAACCAAAAACUCUAGAGAGACUUUUUGUUCUUUUCCUACAUCGAGCUGUUUGUGCUGCAGUACUUUCAUCAUAACUAAUUGUCAUAACAUGUAUGUGACUGUGGUUUUAUGUUUUACAUGUGGUUAUAUUUUGAAUUGAACUGAAUGGUUUUACAUGUUUGCUUCAUCAAUCUGUUUUAUGUUGAAUCCGUGAUUGAUGAUCGUGCACUUCACAAUGAUCACAUCAUGAUUUAUGCCGUGAUGCCGCUUAUUUUCUAUUUACAAUCCAAUUUUAAAUCUCCUACUGCUGUUUGUUUAAUGUUUUAUGAUUUAAAAUAAAUCCACAUUUUCCUCA